GAAAUGUUAUAAAAAAUGCUUAUGAUAUUAUUCCAUCCCUAAUAUAUACAGAAAAAUGUUUGAUAAGGACCAUUGUAAGAGAUAGACUAUACACGGUCGCUCAUUUGAUUGUUUACUAUAAUCAUAUGAUCAGACAAAUCCUCCUCAGACAUGGCAUCCUACACCCAAGAGGAUGAUGACCACUACCGCUCGGAGUUCAGCUCCAGCUAUGUGGUGGGAUCCUUCCCCAAAGACUUUGUGUAUGGCCCAGACGACCCUGACCAGGACAUCACCACCAUCCUCUCGCCCGACCAGAAGCCCAAGAUCCUGCUUAUGGGUCUCCGGAGGAGCGGAAAGUCCUCCAUACAGAAGGUCGUAUUCCACAAGAUGACCCCCAAUGAGACACUGUUCCUGGAAUCGACCAACAAAAUAGAAUCUGAAAAUAUCUCCAAUUCAUCCUUUGUGCAGUUCAAAAUCUUGGACUUUCCGGGACAGAUCGACUUCUUUGAGCCUUCCUUUGAUUCCGAGAAGAUUUUUGGGGGCCAGGGAGCCCUAGUCUUCGUUAUAGAUGCACAAGAUGAUUACAUGGAAGCCCUACAGCGGUUACACCAGACAGUCCUAAGAGCACACAAAGUGAAUCCUCAUCUACGAUUCGAGGUGUUUAUUCACAAGGUCGACGGCCUAUCGGAUGACACCAAGAUAGAAACCCAGCGAGACAUCCACCAGAGAGCCAAUGAUGAUCUCAUAGAUGCAGGCAUGGAACAGAUUCACCUCAGCUUCUAUUUAACUUCCAUUUAUGACCAUAGUAUAUUUGAAGCCUUUAGUAAAGUUGUACAGAAACUGAUCCCUCAGUUACCAACACUGGAAAACCUCCUGAACAUCUUUAUAUCCAAUUCUGGAAUAGAAAAGGCUUUCCUGUUUGAUGUGCUCUCCAAAAUCUACAUAGCCACUGAUUCUUCGCCAGUAGACAUGCAGAGCUAUGAAUUGUGUUGUGAAAUGAUAGAUGUUGUUAUUGAUAUCUCUGACAUCUAUGGAAAAGAUGAAGGAGUGCAAGUCCAGUUUGACAAGGAGAGUUCCAGCAUCAUCAAGCUGAAUAACCAGACGAUUCUCUAUUUACGAGAAGUUAGCCGAUAUUUAGCCCUAGUUUGCAUACUUCGAGAGGACAACUUUGACAGACAAGGUCUGAUCGACUACAACUUCCUCUGCUUCCGAAAUGCAAUCCAGGAGGUGUUUGAUGUGCGAACCAACCAGCUGCAGCAGCUGAACCACAACACCUCCACGCCACACCACCAGACCAACCACACGAAUGGCCCUACGUCCUAGUACACCAUCAGCAUCUAUCACUAGCACACCACCAUCCACCACCACUCAUUUCUUACUCACUUUUGAUGCCUCUCUCAUCCUCCUGCUGACGUCAUUCUGCACGCUCACGGAAGAGCCUGAAAAGUCCUUGUAUGUGGCCUAUGGAUGUGUUUGAGGGUGAGUGGUGGCACACUCUGGGGUUACCAGGCUGCUGUCGGUGAGAUGACUGACUCCCUGUUGGUUGACAAGGCUGCAGAACGACAAGCAACACAACAUUUUCAUGCAGUAUUGGAAAGUUCAUUUAAGGAAGAAUGCUUAAAGGAUGUAUGGCAACAUUUAACCUCUUUUUUCUUCUUCUUUUCUUUUCUCUUUUUUUCCUUAUGUAAACCACUUAAACAAAAUUUUGUCAGCUUUUUUCUCCGCUUUUGUCUGAUAGUAUAAGCUUUUGAAAAUUUUCAGUUUGAAAUGAUUUGCAAAUAACUGUAUCAAUUAUCAUAUUGAUAAUUUAUGAUACUGAUUCAAGCAGACAUGCUGUCCCUCUCACAAUCAGACCACUAAGAUUUAUCACCAAAACCAAGGGCAUAAUAGUUAUAACAUUCAUAGCAUUUAGUGAGUGAGAUAGUUUACUAGUGAUGCUGUUGUUCCUGUAGAAUUAAUUGAUUUAUCUGUUUAGGACUUGGAAGUUUGAGAUGGCAAAAUGCAGACGUUACUAUCUUUUUUUUUUUCUUUUUUUUUAACAAUUGAUAUUUUGAAUAUACUUGUACUAUUGAACUCCUCUCUUUAUUUAUUUUGGGGUGAAUAUAAGGAUGGACAGGUAUUAUAAAUAUGUUCUGUUUUCUUUGUAGAAAUAUACGAUUACAGUAUCAAUAUUCCUGCUCAUAUCUAAUGCCAGUGUAUUGUUUUUCAGUUCGUAAACUCUAGUUAUGUUUUUUCAUUUUGAUUAUUGUAUGAAAUGAUAUUGAUUAGAUGAUUUGACGAUAUAUUGAUAUCUUUAACUUUAUUUUUUUAUUUUUUUGACUAGAUAAUUUUCAUAUAUUUGCCACAUGGUCAAUGUAUUGUAUAUUCACAACAUCAUAGGAAAAAUUUAUAAAGUGAUGAUUCGAACAAUGGACAGGCAACAUUUCAUUAUUAUUAUAAUUUUUUUUUUUUUCAACUGUUUUAUAUGUAGUGAUUAAUUCCUCAUAAAUUUGAUAAUUGCUGCAAUUUGAUAAAUAGUGUUCAGUCUAAAAAAAAAAAAUAUGUAACUCCCCAAAAUCUUUUUAUUUAGGUUUAAGCAUUUUGAUUAUUAAAGUGAAAAGGAGUUUUGCAAAAGGAAAGUGAUAUUAUAUUUGGCUUUAAUUUGUUUCUACUCAAAUUGUCAAUAAGAAGGACAUCAGUAUUUUUCUGUAGGUGUUUUUCUCGUCUUUUUCGAAACAAAGUCUAGAAGAUUAGUAAAUAAUAUUUGCCGGUUUCUGACAGUGCUUGGAAGUGCAUUGAUUGAUUAGUCACAUAAUUCUAAAUAGAUUGGUAUACCGUAGAUAUUGCAAAAUUGCAUUAUAUGCUUACUAGAUACAGCAUUUUGUGUUCUUUUCAAUAAUAAAGGUUACUUGAAAUAUUGAAUUAAUAACAGCAUUACACAAAAAAUGGCAUUUACAAAUAGGUGAGUUAUAUGCUUAAGCUUGUUUGUUGUAGAGAGGGUGAUAGGAAAAUUAUGAGAGUUGUAAGAAAAUAUUAUGAACAGAGGGAAAGGGAAAGAAGGAUAGACAGAGAGAAGGAGAAGAAGAGGAGAAGAGAAAUUAAUAGGUAAUUUGUAUGCUUAUUGUGAAGGAUAAAAGAAAAAAAAAUACAUCCUGUUCCAUGGCCAAUUUUUGUUGGUUAGAGAUGUCGUUAACUAGAUCAUUGCAUAUUCAUGUUCUCUGCAAUAAAUUUAUAAAUCAAAUUAUACUGGAAUCUGAUAGUCAUUCUCAUCUUAUUUGUAUUGUGGGAGAAUGAUUUUGUUGUCGUUUAUUGAAUUAUUAAAGAUAGGCCUUUCGUUAGUCUUAUCGCAUAAAGCUUUAAGUAAAAGCAUUUGGAUUACAUUUCGAGUUAAUCUGAAAUUUCAUCUAUAAAGGAAUGAGAGCUUUUUACAGUAUCAUUGAUGUUGUUAUUUUUGGAUUAUUAUUAUUAUUGUUGUUAUUAUUAUUAUUAUUACUAUUUCUAUUCUAGUUCUAUAUCUAUU